AUGGCGCCGCAAAGAGGAGCAAGCGGUAUCGAAAAGAAGAAGCGGUCGAAGAAGAGGAGGACGAGAACUGAGGUCUCAUCAUCGAGCGAAAGUGACAGCGAUGUCUCAAGUGUAAAGAGUCAAAAGGUGGCCGCGGUAGAAGAAGAAACAAAGGAUGUUUCGCCAGCGCCAGCACCAGCACCAGCACCCGCUAAGAAAGAGAAGAAGAAGAAGAAGUCCAAGACAGGCAGUGCUCCAGAGGCUCAGCCAGAUGAAGAUGUCGCUAUGACGGAUGUACCAGCUUCUCCGCCACCAAAGCAGGCAGCGUCAAAGGCUAGUCAACAGGCGCAAGACGAUUUCGGCGCCCUCUAUCUGCGCAAAAUCGCGGCUGAGUUCGCUGACGAUCUCGACAAAGUGCGUGAAGCACCAGACUUCAAGGCGAGCAGUGUGCCGAUGCUCAUUCAUGCGCUCAAGCAGGGCGAAAGUCUUUACAGUGUAGAGGAGAGAAAGAGGGUCGUAGGCGCGGCGAACGCGUAG